UUUAAAACUUAGAAGUAAACAAAAGGUCCUUACAGUUUCUCCCCUCUGCGCUUUAAAUACAUAGGGAAGUGAAUCAACCGAUCAACACCAUUUUCGUUUGCAGAAUGUCUUUUAAGCAGAACCGCGGAGUGUUCAUGGCGGCAGUAAAGAAAGAGCCGGAACUAGUACCCCUGAAGCUGUUAAUAGAUGAGAAGAACCACCGAGUAGUGGCUGCAGAAGCAAACAAGGACUUCGUGGACAUACUCUUCAGCUUUCUCACCCUCCCAAUGGGAACCAUUAUGAGACUCAUCACCUCUGCAAAUGAGAAAACUACAGCUUCUGUACCAGUAGGUUGUAUGAACAAGUUAUAUGAAGGCGUUCAAAACUUAAGCAGUGAGUACUGGCAGACAGAACACUGCAAAAACAUGGUUCUCAAUCCUAGAAAUCCCCUUGCCAAAUACUGCAAGAAUUUGAAGGUUAACAUUGAUGAUUCUGGGCCCGAACUUACUUAUGGCUGUAAUAGCGUGUACCAAUUUGUUAACAACACAGGAAGCAUAAUGUUUUAUAGAGAACGCUUGGCUGCUAUGGAGAGAGGCCGCUGUAAGUAUUACAGCAUAUACAGAAAUGUUAAGUGCGUCUGUGGAAAGGGGAUCACCACCAAAGAGAUGACGGCGAAGGCGAAGGCCGGCGAUUCAAGUUCAGAGGGUGUGUCCUUUUUGAAGAGAGGAAUAGAGUUCCUAAUCAGUGAUAAUUUACAGGUCAGGCCUGCCUCUCCUGCAGUUCUUGCUCAACUGAUACCCGACAUUGGUUCAGCAGAUGGCACUAGAAUAAGGGAGAUGCGUGUGGAAGCUUCCAAGGUUGAGGUAAUCUAUCUGCUCGCAUGUGCAUUGGUUUCAGAGACUCCCUUAAGUGAUGUAUUCCUGGGUAAACGUCCUGGAUAUGGAAUAGUGGGAACCCAAGGGAAGCGGCCGAGACUUGAAAAUAAUUUUUCUUCAUCACAAGCUGCGCUACCGGUUAAGUCUACUGUUGAGCAGAAUGGUCAUACUCUAAAGCUUAAAGUAACUUACGCCAAGUCUACAAAGGAGAUAUUGUUUGGUGAAGCGACAAACGAGUUCUUUGAUUUCCUAUGCACCUUUCUAACCAUUCCUAUAGGAUCAAUGAUGAGGGUUUUGGAAGGCAAAUCCGGGUUAACAUGCAUGGACAACUUGUACAGGAGUGUGCUGGAUUUGGAUCACAAAUGGUUUCAAGAGUCGGCUAAGAAUAACUUACUUAAUCCAUGUAUUGCCAAAUAUCAUAACUGCAAGAAGCAGCCUCUCAAAUCUAUCGGUACCGAAUCAUAUGCGGAUAGUUAUUAUCUGAUCAAUCCGAGGGAGAGCGAUAACUUUGCAGUGGAACCAUCAAUGUUCUUGGUCCCGGAUGAUCUUGGUGUGAAGUCUCUUUCUGGUGCUUCCAGCUUCCUCUUACUCAAGGAUAUGGGUAUUCCGUUCAGCCAGACAGAGGUGCAAUGGGUCACUUUGGGUACUAAAGAGGCUUUGAGCUUACUGAAGGCUGCUCUAACAUCACCAUCCUCAGCUCUUUCAAAUGGCUUAGGCCCCUACUUGUAGAAGCAAAAGCCCUAGAAGUUGGGUACUUUUCAAUCCGCAUUUCCAUUGUCUAAAAAAUGUAAUUCAAGUGCCGGUUUGCUCUAAUUUGUUUCGAAUUCUACAACUCAAGAGUGAAAUAUCAAAUAUGCAAACAGCUAUAGCCAGGCUUUCUCUGCCAUCUCUUCUCGACGCCCACUCCAAUUCCAGUGCACUGAGAAUUUCUUGCUUUCUCUGCCAUCGUACCCUUCGGUAAUUGUUGCUGGAACUAAGAAAUCAAGGCCUCUCUGAGCCGAAAUCACCAUUGCCUUUCGAUGCCGUUAAGUUCCGCACCACAUGCCUCAGUAGCUCCCACAAGAAACUGCUACGGUGCUACCCCUCUAUGCCGAAAUCACCCUCGCCGUUCAAAGCUAUCAAGGCCCCGCACCUCAGGCGUCAGUAGCUCCCACAAAAAGCACUUGAUCUUUUCUUUGAUCUAAGCUUUCCAUUCGAAUUGGUCAAGUUGAUAAUAGUGACUAAAGUCCCGGGUGAUGUAGAGCAGAGGAGGCUGUUUCGGACUCCAUCGGGCAGGUUAAGUUGACAUUGCCUACAACAUUAAUUUUAUGUUUUGUUUUCUUUUCACACAAUUUUUUCCACUAUAACAGAUAUCCAUACAAUUUAUGCUUCAUAUAAGUUGUAUAAUCCAUACAGUUUUCUCUUAACAAGUCUUAAGUCUUAAAUUCAAUCAAUUGGUCUAUUAGAAUAUUUUGUUGGAAUAAGUUCAUAUAAAACUGGAUUUUAAUUCAUUUAAAUAUCAUGACAGUGUGAAAAGUUCUUCUAAUCUAUCUUCAGUUCCUACAAAUUAAAUUCUUAUGUUUUUAAUUUGGAUUUUUAUACUUAUGAACGAGCAUUCGAAUUUCAGUUUAUCCAUUUUAUCUUUACUUGGAUGUUAUUGCAGGUGAUGUUUAUAAUAAUGACUGAAGUCCCGACUGAUUUUUACUUUUCUUUUCUUUUCAAGCUAUUGCAUUUCCAAUAAAACAGUUAUCCUUGAAAAUAAUUUAACUUAUUCAUCGAGUUAAUUUCCUUAGAAUUGGUAUUCUUAUAUAUUAGGAUUUUUCAGCUCUAUAGUUAGGGGCUUAUCUAAAUUAUCUAUUAUGACAUUUACUAAAUUGGCAUUAUUAAUCUGGCUUUCUAAGAACUGAUCAUACUACUUCUUUCAUAUUUUUGUGUACUUUUAAUUUUUAAAUGGCAGUUCCUAGCUUUGUGCAAAUUCUUUCAUUCCAUUUUAAAUUGACCAUUUUGUCUAACACCCUAUUUAGUUGCUUUUAACUAAUAACUAUAGAAUUAAUGGUUAUUUUCAGAAGGCUGAAAGCUGAAUUACUAUCAACUGCAUAUUUUCUUUUUCUUGUGUCUCAUAUAUAUUAUAAGCUUAUGAUUAGUCAUAUUUAAGUAGAAAUAAAAUUGGUUACGAAAUACCCCCGAAGAUCAUGUUGCGAUUAAUGACAGUUGAUAGAUGAUAAAAUUAAAUCGUCAUGACUCCUAAAAAUAUGUAAUUUUUAUUAACAUGUUAAAAUUCAUAUUUUUAGAAACUACAUUAGGAGUUUUAUUCAAUUGCAAAACAGGAAUUUGAAAUUGAUAAAAUGAAAUUAGAGACUAAUAAUGAUAGAAGCUUUAAAUAGGGACAAAGAUACCACGGUGAUAAAAGUAUUUUCUGAUUUACUCGGCAGAUUGUCUUUACAUUUAUCAAAACUCUUUAUAUUUAUUACCAUGUGUCUUUAUAAACUACUUUGAUGUUCAAAUUCAUCCAGUGUAAGUCUGUAUUUUAUUUAUAGUCCAUCAAUAAUAUAUAUAUUUUAAGACAUGUUUUAAGACGUUCUCUUGAAGUGUGUAUUAUUUUUUCUAACGUGUUAAUAAAUUGUUCUUUUAUUACAAAACUGUUCAAUUUAAGUUCCCUUUAUGAAUUUUUAAGGGCUUAUUUUAAGAUGUGGUUUAAGACAUUUUUUUUACAAAACUGUUCAGUUUAAUAGAAAAAAGUGGUUUUAUUUUAAGCAUUUUUUGUGUUUAAUUUGACAUUUGAAUCAAGUGUUUGUAAAUACUAUAACAACUUGGUCCUUUCAAAUGUCAUCAUGGUGAAUGUAUUAUAAUAAUUCACAUAAAUGAAAAAUAUAUAUUUUUUUGUUAGGUUUGUUGAUUACACCCCCCCCCCACAAAAAAAACCAGUAAAAUUGCUUACUUAUUAAAAUGGAACUUAAACUGCUCAGUAAAAUUGAGAAUUAAAAAAGACCAUGCAUCUCAAUAAAUCCUAAUAUUUCCAUCAUUUGCAAUGGAGCCUAAGAUUCACUAUUUUUUGGCUUGAGAAUAUGAUGGAAUAAAGAAAAAUGGCUCACUUAACUGUCUGCACUUCUUUGUUAUAAAGCAGCAGUCACUCUAUGCAAUUUUGGACGCGAUUUUCACUAUGGCUCAUCCGGAAACAGUCUCUCUAUGCUUUAGUACAGGGGUAAGACUGCGUACAUCCGACCCCCCUUACCCUACCAUAGGUGGAAGCCUUUGCGGCACUGGGGUAAUGAUAAUGAUGAUGAUGAUGAUGAUGAUGAUGAAUGAUCUCAAUAAAUCCUAAUAAAGAAGACCUAAAAUGAUCGAUCAGUGCCGUUCUUAAAGAAUGAAUUUGUUUCAAGUUUCUCACUUUCUCUAAACUUACAUCGAUUUUGUGAUUAUUUGUUAUAAAAUAAUGUAGGUGUAAGUGUUCGUUGAUAUAAUUUUAUGAAGUAUUUUUUUUUUGUUUUUUAGUAGGGGGCUUGAUGACCACUUGUGUUUGCCUUGAAUGUUGUUUAAAUGAAUAUUUCUAUUUUUAGUAUCACUAGACUAAGAAGAACUAAAAUGAUAUGAGAAAAUACCUGAAAUAUGAGUCAAAGCAAUGUAAAGUUUUAUAAAAUGAUCACUAUGUUUGUUUUUUAUCAAAUAGGAGUGUGUUACUGUUAGUCUUAAAAUUUACUGUCAUACUAUGACAUUAUCAGGAUUUAAACAUGACAGUAUAUUGCCAUAAUUUGCAGCAUUUUUCAAGAUUGAUAGUAACUACUCCUGUUUAGGAAAUAAAAAAAUAUCAUCUGCCUGAUAUAAUGACCUCUUACAUGAGACACGUAAUCUUAUAUUCCUUAAAAGUAUUAAAUGUUCGAUUUGUAAGCCACGAGCUAAAAUUGACAUUGAGGCUGAUUGUGAUGUUUACAUCGAGUUGGGGUGUGUUUGGAAGUUGUGAUGUGGUGUUUGAAUUCCGUGGCAUACACAAAUUGAUCAAGAAGCACCUACACAUGAAUGAGUCAAACAAAUUAUAGAACAAACAAUAGUUUUGCAACUGCAUUUCAUAUUAAUAACUUCUACUAAUUUUUAUUACUACUAUGGUACUACCUCUCCAAAACGAAAGUACCUUUUUGAGUUUUCAAGCACACUUCAUUAAGUUAAACCGUUAAUUAUACUUCUAGGGAUUUCAAUUAUACAUCUAGGGAUUUCAUAAGUAUUUAAGAUGCUUUUUAAGAGCUUAAAACUAUGGUUUACAUAUAUCCUAAUAAAGGUAAAUAAUGUACUUGGACAAAAAAACCAUUUUUUGGCAGAUACCCAAAUUUUCCAUUACUGUUUUCUUAGCCAAUAUAUCUAAAGGUGUAAUGUCUAAGUCAUGGGGAAUGAAAACUAUUAAGCCAUUUGAAUUAACUUAGCCAAGAUUAAAGAAGAAGACCAUCAAUACAUCACUAAUAAAAAAUAAGUUCAUACCAAAUAAGGGAGUUCUUUGUGCGCAAUCUUUUCUUUCUUCUCCAAGAUGAUUUAUGACAUGUGGUUUGUUCUCUUUUAAAUUUUCCAUACUGUUUUCUCAGCCAUUAGAUCUAAAGGUGCAAUGUCUAAGUCAUGGUGCAUCGCAACAAUUAAGCCAUUUGAAUUGGCAUAUGAGCCAUUUUCUUACAUGUUGUGGUUUUAUUGGGGUUGUCUUCCUAAGAUCAGGGGGUUCUUUAUGAGCUUACUUUUAAUAUUUCGAAUGAGAUUAAAAGUAAUUAACAAUAGUGACACAUAUUUCAAACUAUAUAGCUGAAUAUAUUCUGGUAACUUGGCAACUUGACAAGGAAUUAGCUGCGGUUGCUUCUCAUUUUCCAAUUGUUGAGGCAGUGAUAGUUUCGAUUUAGUCACCAGCAUGGCAGUCCUUCAGGUUUAUCAAAUGACACAAACUUUAUCAUAUACUCUAUCAUAUACAAUCAUUGUUUUGGUAUUACAUUUCGGUCACUUUUGAAGAACAAGUGUCUCAUUAACACAAUCUAAAAAAGAAAAAAUAUAUAAAAUUAAUACCCUUCUGGUACUAAUUUUAUGUAUCAUAUCAACCUUACCAUCCUUAUUUAUACCAAACAAGCAAAAACUAACUUGGAUUGCAAAGGAACCUGCAUUUCUGUUGUGUCGGACAAGACGAUGGAUUGUCCCUCUCAGAAACAACAACUUGGAUUUACGAAUUUGUGAAUUAGUAUUGCUGGACUAGGAGGUAAAUAAACUAAACUGGGUAUUUUAUUAAUUGCAUAUUUAACAGUAAAAUCUUAUUUACUAAACUGCUUCUUAAGACUGUUUAUUAUGUUUACGUACAAUGCUUUUUUAUAACUUUUUUAUAUGUUAAAAAAUUUAGGGCAUUAUAUAACAUUUUGUGAAAAAAAUCAAAGGCAGCAAGCAAAAAAGGAGAUGGCUACAUCAAAUUAUUCGUGGUUAUAUGAUAUUUUCUAUAUAUGGAUUCAGUUUAAUGAUUGAAAUACAUAAAGAGACUACUUUGUUUUGUACAUCUUAAACAUUGGUAGAUAUUUUAUCUAGCUUUCAUUUUGUAUAUUUAGACACACACUCUAAAUUCAUCAACAUUGUUUGCAUCAACAGGUUCAACUUUUGUAAUAGAAUUGCAAAUUUUAGUCAUUGGAAUAAUUUCAUUUACCGUGGAUUCUGGUUACUUCGAGCUAUUAGAUUUUUAAAGAUUUCUUCAUUUCUGAAAUUCAAUGUAUUUGAAUUGAGUUUUAGCAUGUUUCUUUGUUAUUAAACAUUUUUUAAUUGUUCCUAAUCUUUCUUUUGAUUUGAAAACAAUUGUUUUCUUUAAACAUGUACAUGUUUGAAAAGUGAUAUGUAUGUGUGUGCAAGGCUUAUACAGAUUCCUAGAAUGUGGCCUAUUUCAUAUUAACAAGAAUCAGACUUUUGGAGAGGAAGGGCUGAACUCUCCAAGAGUAAUAGCAUUCAUUGCAAGUCCAUAAUCAUAUUUAGGGAGAAAACACUUCAGGAAAUAAGGUAACAAGUUAUCACCUAACAACACCAAAAGUUACGCUGCAGAUUUGUCAUGCUUCUUUGGAGUGUAUGGAAGGUGGUCUGAGAGGGAGCUGGGUUCUUGACUGAGGGUAUCUGGAGAGCUGCAAAAGAAACCUUGGAGAGCUGGCACGCUCCUCAGAGAUUGAAUGUGCAGCUGGGGAGAAGUUCAUUAGCAGUAAUGGAGGAGAUAGUUGAAACCCGACAUCGGAUGUGUGAAAAUCAAUGUGGAUGCUACUAUUGAUGCGACAAGUAAGCGGCAAAUAUGUUAUUUGAAGCAUUCACACGAGUUCAUCAUUAAACAUUUCGCAUGCUAUUCCAUUUUACUAUAAACGAGUUUGGAGGCGCCCAUCUGAGCAAUGACAGCAAGUGCAAAAGUGUUCUUUGAGAUCCUGCCUUUCAGGUAUAUCUAACCAGUGAUCACAGUUCACAAAAAGUUCAGCGGCAACAUGCAUGUGUCAAAUGCAGGUUUUAAAAACAGGAGAUGGGAUAGAUGUGUGGUUGGAUAGUGACUCCGGGUGACAUUUGUAGCUUUAAUCUUCCAACUGAAGCGAGAUACUUUUGAAGCUUAGGAGUUCGUCACAAUAUUAGGAGCAGUUGAUUCAAUCUCUCUCACGUUUGAGAAGUAGCAUAGGCAGUGUAGUAACAGAAGUAAUAUUUUAUCCUUUAGUAUAUUUUCCGGUGUACCAAAAGGGGAAAAGAAAUAGUCAUUAGUAUCUUCCUUUUGAAGACUUGAAAAAAAUAACAAAUCUGUUUAUUAAACGUGUUUUUGUAUAAUAUGAGCUCCUUUUUGCAUUUUAGAAACAUGUUCUUGAGGGAUGUACUGUGAUUACCAAUGUCCGAUGACGG